CAUCUGCGUGACGACAUGAGUCACGGGUUCACAGUCAUAUGACCCCGCUACUGCACCCACGCACGCCCACAGGCACACCCACGCCGCCCACAUCUGAAACAAAGACACCAUUAGUAACUGCUCCAUUCACUAACGCCACCCAUGACACGUUUUUGCUCAUGUUGGUGUUAGUAAGGCAGUUAGAGGUGGUAAUAUCGAGGUUCAUCUCAGUCACCUUGGGAGUGUUCAUUUCUCCUUGCUGUCUCGCAGGUGACUGGUGCUCUCAGUUCAUCCGCCCUUUAUAUACCCUGGGCAGUGGCCAGCCAAUGAGAGCCAUGGAUCUGAGUCACGUGACCCGGCUGGUGGUGACGUCACUGCUCAUCUCGGCUGUGAUUGGCUCCCUGCCCUACGGCGCCCGCCCGGCAUGUUACAACCCACCCACUGUCAUUAUCACUGUGGCGCAGGAGGUCACGAGGGAGGUCGCUGUACCAACCCGCGUGUUCAAGAACGAGCUGAUACCUACACGGCGGGACCUGGACCGAAUUAACCGCGUGACAGAGAACGUGUUGGUAGAGUUGUAUGCCCCACAGUUAGUCACGACCACGGUCCAGCAAGGGGUCAUACAGCUCAACACCGUGUACGACUACACCACCACGACUAUCCAGCAUCCUGUCAUCGCUACCGUGGAUAACAAUGUACCGGUGGACGUGACAAUUACGGACCGCGUGAAGGAGGUGUCGUAUCAUAUCAGCACAGGGGUCGUAGAGGUGACUGAAAUAGCUGUCGUACCUCAGACGACUGUGGACAUUGUAUACAGCCAGAUUACAAAUAUUGAGGUCGUCCCAGUGAUCUCUACAGUUUGGGAUCACAAGGUCGUCGAAUCUACACUCUGUCCACACAACUACUACUACUAGUACGACUGACACAUCCCACUCUCUCUCUCUCUCUCUGUCUCUUACUACUAUUAUUAGUGUACUAUUCGAUGCCUGUGUUGUUGUUGUUGUUGUUG